GCUGCAGUUUGGAAAGAGCUACUGCUGGCAACUAUUGGAGAGCAGUUUAUGGACUGUUGUGCAGCAGAUGAUGAAGUAAUCGGGGUUAGCGUCAGCGUUCGUGACCGUGAAGAUGUUGUGCAAGUCUGGAACGGGAAUGCCUCGUUAGCAAGCGAAGCAAAAGUUUUAGAAAAGAUACAUAAACUCCUGCCACAGACGUCUUUUAAAGCAGUGUUUUAUAAAUCACACAGAGAGCAUCACGCUUUUGAAGGCCGGCGGGGAAAACAUUAG